AUGGUAAAUUCUAUACAACAUCCAUGGUUGGUGGCUGGUGACUUUAAUGUAAUAAAAAAUAAGGAGGUAAAACCAGGAGGAUUGCCAGUCAUUGUUAAUGAAACAAAUAAUUUCAAUUACUGUAUUAGCAUGUGUAAUCUGGAGGAAUGUGCUUUCAAAGAAAGUAAAUAUACUUGGUGGAAUGGAAGAAUGGAUGAAGAAUGUAUUUUUAAGAGACUGGAUAGAGUGUCAAUUAAUGACAAAAUGCAGGAGUUGUUUCCAAUCAUGGAACUGGAAAAUCUGAUUGCAACAUUGGAGGAAGUAAUUAAAGUAAGAAGGAAUCAAUUUGAAGAAGAACCAUUAGGAAACAACAGGGCUAAAUUGUCACCAACACAGGCAGAGUUAACAAUCCAAUUGAAAAGAAAGGAAGAUUACUGGAGGCAGAAAACAGAUUUUGAGUGGUUCAAGGAUAGACAAAGGAACACUAAGUUUUUUUAUAUAGUGGUCAAGAGAAGAAGAUCCAGACUAAGAAUUCAAAAUAAAAAGGGGAAUUGGAUGGAAAUACAGGAAGAUAUAGCUGAGGCAGCAGAAUCAUUCUUUUAG